CGUGCGGAAGCUGGGAGGUGCUCAGCGUUGCCGAGUAGGGGAAAGGCAACAGCAGAGGCGGGCGACAGCUGUAGCUGUGACUGUCUCCCUGCUCUGGGGAAGGGAUGGGGGCCAGUGCUCCCUUUGGGUCCUCAUCCAGCGGCAGCUCGGGGCUCCAUGCCCUGCAGCUUUAGGAAGAAGCUGAGACCACAGUCACUGGAGAGCUAAGAAAGGACACGCACUCUUCCAUUUCUCCAUCUCUCUCUCGGUGUGCUUCUCUCUCCUUCCCGUUUUUCCCGAAGGAAAAAGCAGGAGUGCUGAAGAGGAGUCAGGAGGAGGAGUACAGAGCAUGGGGGGAGCAGCCCGUGGAGGAGGAGGAGGAGGACGACGUGGCGGCGGAGGCAGCUGUCCAGAAGGGCUCUACCGGCUCCUCUUGCUGGGGCUUUGCUGCUGGGUUGCAGGCGCUGCGGCUGUCCGAGGAAGUGACAAUAGUGAUACCCUGCCUGAGUCCAUUCCAUCGGCACCUGGGACACUGCCUCAUUUCAUGCAGGAGCCUAAUGAUGCCUAUAUCAUAAAGAGCAAUCCAAUUGCCCUGAGAUGCAAAGCCAUGCCCGCAAUGCAGAUUUUCUUCAAAUGCAACGGGGAGUGGGUCCAUCAAAAUGAGCACGUAUCUGAAGAAAGCAUGGAUGAGAGUACAGGUCUGAAGGUCCGAGAAGUGUUUAUCAAUGUCACCAGGCAGCAAGUGGAGGAUUUUCAUGGACCUGAAGACUAUUGGUGCCAGUGUGUUGCAUGGAGCCAUCUGGGUACCUCUAAGAGCCGGAAGGCAUCAGUCCGCAUAGCCUAUUUACGGAAAAAUUUCGAGCAAGAUCCCCAGGGAAGGGAGGUGCCUAUUGAAGGGAUGAUUGUCCUGCAUUGUCGCCCACCAGAGGGUGUCCCUGCUGCAGAGGUGGAGUGGCUAAAGAAUGAAGAGCCUAUCGAUUCCCAACUGGAUGAGAACAUUGACACCAGGGCUGAUCACAAUUUAAUUAUCAGGCAGGCUCGCCUCUCUGAUUCUGGGAAUUAUACCUGCAUGGCUGCCAACAUUGUGGCCAAGAGAAGAAGCCUGUCAGCUACUGUUAUUGUUUACGUGAAUGGAGGCUGGUCUUCCUGGACAGAGUGGUCAGCCUGCAAUGUUCGCUGUGGUAGAGGAUGGCAGAAACGUUCUCGGACCUGCACCAAUCCCGCUCCACUCAAUGGGGGUGCCUUUUGUGAGGGAAUGUCAGUGCAGAAAAUCACCUGCACUUCUCUUUGUCCUGUUGAUGGAAGCUGGGAGGUAUGGAGCGAAUGGUCAGUGUGUAGCCCAGAGUGUGAGCACCUGAGAAUACGGGAGUGUACAGCACCACCUCCAAGAAAUGGGGGGAAAUUCUGCGAAGGCCUCAGUCAAGAAUCGGAGAACUGCACAGACGGGCUCUGCAUUCAAGAUAAAAAACCUCUUCAUGAAAUAAAACCCCAAAGCAUUGAGAAUGCCAGCGACAUUGCUCUCUACUCGGGAUUGGGAGCGGCAGUCAUCGCCGUGGCAGUUCUGGUCAUUGGAGUAACCCUCUACAGACGGAGCCAGAGUGACUAUGGCGUGGACGUCAUUGACUCCUCUGCACUGACAGGUGGCUUCCAGACCUUCAACUUCAAAACUGUCCGUCAAGGCAACUCGCUCCUAUUGAAUUCCUCCAUGCAACCUGACCUGACAGUGAGCCGUACCUAUAGUGGGCCCAUCUGCCUACAGGACCCCCUGGACAAGGAACUCAUGACAGAGUCUUCACUUUUUAACCCAUUGUCGGACAUCAAGGUCAAAGUCCAGAGCUCAUUCAUGGUUUCCCUAGGAGUAUCAGAACGAGCAGAGUAUCAUGGCAAGACCCACUCUGGGACAUUUCCCCAUGGGAAUACCAGAGGUCUUAAUACAAUACAUCCCAGGAAUAAAACCCCCUACAUCCAGAAUCUCUCAUCACUCCCCAGCAGAACCGAGCUGAGGACCACUGGUGUUUUUGGCCAUCUGGGAGGGCGUUUAGUGAUGCCAAAUACAGGGGUGAGCUUACUCAUACCACAUGGAGAUCCUGAAGAGAAUUCUUGGGAGAUUUAUAUGUCCAUCAACCAAGGUGAAUCCAGUCUCCAGCCAGAUGGAUCAGAAGUACUCCUGAGUCCUGAAGUUACCUGUGGGCCUUCAGACAUGGUGGUCAGCACACCCUUUGCCUUGACCAUACCCCACUGUGCUGAUGUCAGUUCUGAGCACUGGAAUAUUCAUUUGAAGAAGAGGACCCAACAGGGCAAGUGGGAGGAGGUGAUGUCAGUGGAGGAUGAAUCGACUUCCUGCUAUUGCCUCUUGGAUCCAUUUGCAUGUCACGUCCUCCUGGACAGCUUUGGGACAUAUGCACUGGCUGGAGAACCCAUCACUGACUGUGCUGUGAAGCAACUCAAAGUGGCUGUCUUUGGCUGCAUGUCAUGCAACUCCUUGGAUUACAACUUGAGAGUCUAUUGUGUGGACAACACCCCUUGUGCAUUUCAGGAAGUGGUUUCAGAUGAAAGGCAUCAAGGGGGCCAGCUACUGGAAGAACCCAAGUUGCUGCAUUUCAAAGGAAAUACCUUUAGUCUUCAGAUCUCUGUCCUCGAUAUCCCCCCUUUCCUUUGGAGAAUUAAACCAUUUACUGCAUGCCAGGAAGUCCCAUUUUCUCGGGUGUGGUGCAGUAACAGACAGCCCCUGCACUGUGCCUUCUCCCUGGAGCGCUACACUCCCACCACCACCCAGCUGUCCUGCAAGAUUUGCAUCCGGCAGCUCAAAGGCCAUGAACAGAUCCUCCAAGUGCAGACAUCAAUCCUCGAGAGUGAAAGAGAAACCAUCACUUUUUUUGCACAAGAGGACAACACAUUCCCUGCACAGACUGGCCCCAAAGCCUUCAAAAUCCCCUACUCCAUCAGACAGAGGAUAUGUGCAACAUUUGAUACUCCCAGUGCCAAAGGCAAAGACUGGCAGAUGUUAGCACAGAAAAACAGCAUUAACAGGAAUUUAUCCUACUUUGCUACCCAAAGUAGCCCAUCCGCUGUCAUUUUGAACCUGUGGGAAGCUCGUCAUCAACAUGAUGGUGACCUUGACUCCUUGGCCUGUGCCCUUGAAGAGAUUGGGAGGACACACACAAAACUCUCAAACAUUCCUGAAACUCAGCUUGAAGAGCCCGACUUCAGCUACAGCAGGCAAAAUGGACUUUAGUCCAUCUCCUCUCAUGGACAGACCAUUGGCCAGCUUUGGGACUUUUUUUAUUAGGUGGGGAGGAAAGAGGUGGCUUUUAGCCCAAUGGUAUUUGGGAAAACUCAACUUCAUAUAUAACCAGAGGGACAUCCCUUGAAGAAACUGAAGGCUGUCUUGGUAAAUCAUGUUAAUGUUAGGAAAGUCCAAGCUUGCAUCCAAAAGGCCCCAUCCUAUCUGAGUUAAUACUGUCUUAACUCUACCAAUUCUGAAUAGUUGAAGUGGGGGAAACACACACACACACACACACACACACACACACACACAAUUGCCUUUAAACAGGCUCAUAUUUUUGGAAUUGUUAAUGGGUCCAAACAUCAGGUGGCAACAAAGCAGACUUUGGAUGUGUAUGGUUUGAAAAAAGUUCAUACAGUAACGAUGUUCCCCAAGGGCCAAAUUAUUCUGAUAUCAAUGUCAGGUUGUUGUUUUUUUUUAACCAAUUGAUAUUUCCAACAUGAGAAAUGAGUAUAAAACUGACCUUUAUAUAUAACAAUAUUACCAGUCCAUUUUUGUGAUUUCAACCAUAUCACAAGCAGGAAAUGGGAAUUUAGAACUGAGAAUCUAAGUAAGUCACACCAGCACCACCACCCAGCCUAGCCCGCAUCCACUAGGAUGUGCCUGGGUUGUCAGGAGGAAUGAAUAGGAUGAUUAAUUAGUUAAAUAUACCCUAUUGCCACUUCCUUCCAAAAGCUAAGACUCACUUCACUCCCUCCUACCAUUCCCCCUCAAUGCAGAAAAGUAAGGGACUGUUUCCAGGUGCAUCCCUGACCACAAUUAAUCAUCACUGCAUGGUGACUUAGGAUGAUAGCCAUUGCUUACAAUAUAUAAAGAAAGGUCCCCAACCCCACCACCUCUACUCACAGCUGAGCCACACAAAUUGUAGUAGAAUCAAAUCCGUUAUAACGCAGCUGGGUAUUGGAUUUGGAUGUGUCACAAGUCGGUUUCUUUUCCAGGAAUCAUAGCUCCAUAAGCUGAAGGCCUCAAAAAGCUUGGUUAGUUUAAAAGAUAGUGGGUGUUAGCCAGAUCUCCCUAAUACCACUGUAAGAAAAUGGAGUUUUGCUAUGGUUUUUUACGAAGUUUAUUGAAACGUUUCUUGCAUUUUUCUAUCAUUAAGAACCCUCCAGUAAAAACUCUGGGCCACUUUCUCCCCAGGAAUUGUUUUUUAAAGAAUCACCAGAAUCAUUAACUUUGAAUAGUAUCUGGUAAAUCCUCCAUUUAAGUCAACAGGUAUUUAUUUAUUAGGUGCCUACUUAGUGCUAGGCACUGUGAAUACAAAGAUAAAAAUGAAAUAUCACCUAUCCUCAAAGGGGUCAUCCUAUAACACAAGCUAUUACAAUGUCCUCCAUUCCUGUAAGUUUAAUUAUUUCUGGCAACACCAUUAUGGUGUAGCUAAUUUUCAGUCAUAUGGGGGAAAUAGUGGAUUUAUUUACCCCGAAAAAUUUGAAAUCCACAAGAAAUUCAGGAACUUUAUUUUAACCUCCUUUUCCAUAAAACCUUUUUGACCAAAGCUUCAUGCAAAUAGUCAAAUGGAUUCUGUUUAGAUUGACCUCUACUCCCUAACCAUGCAUGUGAGGAAGCAUUACCCAGAAGAGUAACAUUCUUCAUAGACUUGAUGACAGAAGAGGAGAGAAGGAGGAGGCAGAGACUUGAAAAGGCCACGAGUUGGAUAAGCAGACCCUAACUCUCCUGAAGGACUUGGGUUAUACCAACGACAGGUAGAAAGAGGAAAUUUUACAAUAUCCAAAGAGAUGAAAAUAGCAACUAUAUAAAUGUGUUAGUUUAUCCAAAGAAGAAGCUUCCUGAACAAUUAUUAAAAUGUGUAACCAUCAUUUUUUAGAGCCCUUUUAAAAAAAAAAUCCAAAAAUACUACCCCAAGGAAAAUGGUCUAAAGGCUUGGAAUUCAUGACACCAUGUCUAACAUUGUCUGGUGCAUAUUGACUCCUGCAUUGGCUUUGCUACAUGAAAUUCAGCAGCAGAAGGCUUUUCUCAGGUACUGAAUGGAUUAUUGUACAGAACAGACAAAUCCACUUAGAGCUGUCAAAUCUGUUUUCUGAAAUAUUGUCGCUAGAUCAGGAGAAUGCCCUUUUCUUAAUAGUCUGUUCAACAUGCUUAUCCCUUAUAGGAAACAAUGAAGAAGAAUCCAUGGGAGUAUAAGUCAUUUGACAUCUCUGAAAUAGUUUCUUGAAGAAGCAGCAUUGGAUAGAGUCAAUCAUCAAAACAAGUACAGAACUAAUUUGAGAGGAGGGAUUGGGGGAGAAUUUGCAGAGCAGCUGUUUUUGGCUCCUCAGAGAAAAAAGACAUUACCACUACUUCCUCCAUCUUUUUUUCUGCCCUAAAGUAGGACACAGCAUUUUCCUCUUCUCUCCUGAAUGGCCUUCUAAGCAUUUCAUCCAUUGAUGUGAAUUAAGAUAGACCUUGAAUGAAUCUCAGCAUUUUUAAAGAGUGUUCUUGUAUUUUAAAACAGAUCCAAAAUUUAAACAAGGCUGAUGAAAGUUUAUUUGAAACAUUUAAAGAUAAAAUGGGGCAUUUUUACCCUCUGAAUAUUAACUCAAUAGCUUUUUUUUUCCACCUGUGGCUUAAGCUCAUAGACUCACCUGAUAAAAACACAAUACACUAUUAAGAUCAAGUCCAACUCUCUCAUUUUCUGAAUAAGGAAACUGAGGCUGAGAGGUUGAAUUAAGACACACUUGACAAUUUGAGGCAAUACCAAAGAAAAUGAAAUCUUGUCUAUCAAUCAAAUAUUCAAACUAACCCUUUGACUCAUUCUUUCUCUUUCCCCUUCUUUACAUAUUAAUCUCCCUUCUUCUGAUAUCAAGUGCAGAAAAGGGUGAAGCUGAAUUCUUGCUAAGUUUAGAGUCCUUCAACAAUGUGGCAAUGAAUGUCUAAUAAGAGAACUUGCAAGAUUUACAGAGCAAUGGGCUUUCAGGGCCAAUCAGAUAAAGCCUUAGAUCAUCAUUUGAACCUUGGACUAUUUAGCCCAACCUAAACCUCUGCAUGGUCUUUGAUGUUUGGCUGUCAUUGCUCUGAGACUUGCCAAGCAAAUGCCCCCCUUUAAAGAGAUUUCACUUAUCAUCCUGAGACCUUACUUUGAUAGACUGUUUUGCUCAUCCUUUGUACUGGGAUUAUGCAUGGGAGAGACAGAGAGAAGCAGAGACAGAGAAAAAGAGAGAGAGAGAAUCAGAGAGAGAAAGAGAGAGGGAGAGCUCUUUAGUUUUUGGUGGUCUAUUUAGAAAAUGCCAUGAUGUGUCCUAUCCCACCCCUUGCCAUUUUGGGUCCUAUGAGUAAUUUAAGACUAAUAGCUAUACUUUCAAAAUGACUUACAAUUAUGUCACCAAAAUGGUAUACUUCAUAGCUUUGCCAGACUGCAGCACCAUAAAAUUAAUUUAUGAUUUUUACAACAUUGCUUGUGCAGUCUGACUAGUUUACAUUAAAAUCCUUUAAGCUGAAAGCAAGCUUGCUCUAUAGAUUUAAAUGCAAACUUCAUUUACCGGUGCAUGAAGUCCUAUAAAACUAGGAUGUAUUCCCACAAAAAUUUUAUUGGCCUUUUUGUAAGAGAUGAGAAAGAAUUGACACUGUUCUCUUUAAAGAGGGGGAACUUUUUUAUUAUUAUUAUUUUUAUCUCCAAAAGCAGCUGUUAUCCUUUGCUGUGGCCUAUACAUUUUUCUUUCAGGAAUUUCUGAGAGAGACUAUUAAGUUUAAAUCACUAAAACAGGGGUUUUCUUUGGAUUAAAAUCUCUGGACUUGAAGACUUGAAGAACUUGUCUCUCUGAAAGAUAUUAUCUUAAAAAAAAAAAGUAGAAAGACAUGGCAUAUUCAUUCUCUUUCACAAAGCUUUCUCCAGAUGCCAAACUUCUAGCAAAGGUAUCUAUGAAGUUAGAAAAUGUUGUGAAAUAUAUCAGUGCAAUGUUCUUUUUUCCCUUUUUAGUCAUUUCUCUUUUCUGUCUAUUAGUAGUGGGUCAAGCUGCCCUCUGUAAAUGUCUUGAAUAAUAUAGUUGAUGGAUACAGUAAAGGAAAAGUUCUCCCAGAGGCUUUUGUUCCAGCUAGAGCAAGUUCAAAAGAACUGCAGAUGAGCUAGAAAUGUGCCUCUUUGGCCUACUGUAUGGCUUACUUUCAUUAUAUUUUUCUUCAUGUAACAUUGCAAAAUUCUGUCUUCUUAGUAGCUCCCAUUGUCUUUAUUAGAGAUAACAGCAGCAUAGAAAUGGGAGAGCAAAAUGUUGUCCUAACAAUAGUGGCAUUUAAAAAAAAAUAGUAGCCCUUGGUGUUAGUUGCCAUAACACUGUAUUUGAAAAUCAGUGCUUUUAGCUAAGAGCUGAAUGGGAGCGGUUUCCACUGUUUUGUCCCUAUAGAAGUUUCCAGAACAGCAAACAAAAGUGUAUUUUGUCAACUGUCACAAAAGUGAAAAUGUUAACUGAUUUUAGAUGUGUUUGCAUUUUCUUUGUGUGUUUUUAAUUUCCAAAUGAUUUUAAAAGCUGCAGUUUACCAAGCUGUUUGGGUGUAUUAAACAGCAUGUGGUGUUUUUGCAAGCAAUUCUAGGUAGGCAAGGGUCCACCACAUGGUUAUAUGGUCUUCUUACAUCCCCACAACAGGACCUAUCCCAAUACGAUGGCACAAGGAAAAGAGUUGGUUUUUUUUUCUAUUAAAGAAAGGAAAGGGGAUGGAAGACCAACCCUUGCCAAUUAGUCACUAGUGUGUAGUGUUGUAAUCUGAAGUAGGAAGUUCAAUGCACAUAGAGUAAUUGUAGUGCUUUAAGCAGCUGCUUAACCUUUUUUUCCCUCUUGCUGUGAAGACCAUGGAUUUGGAAUGUCUUCAUGAGGUGGGCCUAGGAAGUGAACAUCAAGCUUCAUGUCUUAGAACCCACCCCCCAUCUGAACCCAAAGAUAAACACAUGCAGAAUGCUUCCUGGUUAGACCUGUACUUUUAGGAACAUUUUUUCCCCUCUCUAUUUAACAAAUAAAAUUGAAAUCUAGAAAAAGUGGCUCAAUGUGAACCAAACUACUGUCCCUAAAAGAUGCAGCAUUUAAUGAUGAUGAUAGCAUCUUAAAGAAAAGCAUGUCAUUCUUUUCAUGGAUGGCUAUGGUUUUAUGUUAAAACUUGUUAAAAUUGGAAUAAAAAAAAUAUCCUUUUAACCUCUGUUUCCCAAGCCCUUUGACAAUGGUCACAACAUUUCAAGUGAGAUUCAAUAUAACAACAUUUUAUCACAACAAAAGAAAAUAGGACAUUUCCUUGGAGUUUAACAUGACUGGGUUUUAACUUCAGAAUCCUACAUCUUUAACGGUAGGGAGGAAGCAUAGCGUUUCAGAGAUGGGAAGUAUGUCCAAGGUCAUGUAGUCUGAUUAUUUCCAAGCAGGAAAAAAUUUAAUUCAAUUCAAUCUAAUUCAAUAAGCAUUUGUUAAGCAUCUUCUCUGUGCAAAGAUGCUGGGAAAAUAAAGCCAAAAAAAAAAAAAAAGAUAUAUUCCCUGCCUUCUAUAUACCAUCCUCUGUCCCGUAUUUGAAGACUCCCUGUCUUGGCCAAGUUCUGUUGAAAGCAGGAUAACUGACCAUAUGAUCUCUUCGGGGUCUUCCCAGCUCUGUGAUUUAAGAAUGUAAGGGCAGUUUGUAGGCAAACUGUCAUUCUCCAAGGCACAUUUAUCAUGGCAUGGCAAGAGAACAAAGCUGAGAAUAGCUCCAAAUGGUAUUCUUCUUCUAUUCUCUCUUCCUAAACAAUUCUGAUGGUAGACCAUAUGGCAAAUUAGUGGCAUUAACCAAGCCCCACACUGAGACUUCUCUUAGAGAAUUAAGAACCAAAAUCUUUACAACUUGCCAUCCCUGCUUGGCCUUGCCACUGGCCCUCACAUGCAUCCAGGGACAGAGCAAUAUAGAAGAAGAAUAUACUCCAGGUAACCAAAUUUCUGAUCAAGAAAUUCUCCUUGCCCUUUCCAAAAAGUAAUCAAGCUCCUGCUUCCUCUCCUCCAUAUUUCAUAAUUGCAUUUAAUUGUUCUCUGGGGGGGAUCUAUGAAAUGCCCCUCAUACAUACACACAUACGUGUGUGAAAUACAGAGGGAAACAGCAUCUUAUUCUCCUGACUCAAAUAUAAAUAAUGAAGCCAAUUAUUUUUCAUUUUUUUCCAUUUUGCUAUUGAAGAGACCUCAGAAGGUGUUUUUUUGUUUGUUUUUGGUUUGUUUGUUUUGAGGGGGAAUUGGUUUAUUUUUCCCUUUUGGUAGUGGUGUGGUUGGAGUUGGUCUGCAGGCACUUUCUGAACAAAUGAUCAGAUCUCCCUCCCCCACCCUAUUCCCUGUUUCAUUUAUCUGUGUUAAGAGCUGGAAGAAAACAGAAACAACAAAGAGCUGGUUGAACACUUGGUUUGACAUGAAGCUGAAGGAGCAAGCAAGUCAGAGAAGAUAGUUUGAAUAAAGCAUGGCCUUGGCUUCAUACCACACUUUCUGUGCCUUGUACUAUCAAUGUAAAUUCUGAAUGUUGUACAGUAAAUACUUGGAUGGACUCCUUAGAAAAGGCUGCACUGGCUUCUUUUUCAGCACAUGUACAUAUAUAUAAAUAUAUAUAUAUAUACAUAUAUAUAUUUGGUAAUGCCCAACAGCUGUGUUAUAUUGUAUUGAAAAAUGGACAGUUUGGAUGUUUUAUGUAGAGUUUGCAGAAAUUGGAUGGCUACAGACUUUUGAAGAAAAAUGUACAGACAUAAAUUACGGCAUAUCGGUUAUUUAUGAAUAAAGAGUCUUUUAUU